GUCUAUGCUGGGAGGAAAGGUAAUUGCAGCGUUUGCCACGUUUUUAGCUGUACUGACCUAUCUGGCUAUUGGUGCUGCUAUUUUCCAAGCUAUUGAGCAAGAACACGAGAUUGAGCAGAGAGAAGAGUAUGAUAAGCAGCUCAACCUUCUACUAGACAAGGUAGACCCAAUAUUUCACGAUGAGUUGAAGGCUCCCUGCCACAUGAUAGAGAUCCUGGAGGCUAACCCUAACAACACUGCACAGUGGGACUUCGUCAACAGCGUUAUCUUCUGUCUUACCAUCGUCACAACUAUCGGAUACGGAGCUACCUACCCAGUUACAGACGAGGGACGAGGAUUCUGUAUCUUCUUUGCUCUGAUAGGAAUCCCACUGUUCAUGGCUUGUCUAGCGGUCUACGCUCAACACACUGCUAACCUCAUACGAUGGAUUAUGAAGAAACUAGGACUUACACACGGGCUAGAAGAUGAACAAACUGAGAAAAUGCAGCAACUCAUCACUGCAGCUUUCUGUCUCACUGUCAUCCUCACUUUCUCUGGUUACCUUACCUACAAGGAGAACUGGUCCUACUCUAACUCUGUUUACUUCACCUUCAUCUCCUUCACUACUAUCGGAUUUGGAGAUCUGUACCCCGAGUCCAACACGACUGACUUCCACAUCAUUUUCAUCUGCUUCCUCAUCCUCGGUCUCAUCUCCCUCGGUACCGUGAUUGAAGCUCAGACCACAAACUUUGGAAAGUUGUUGAACACGAUCAGCUCCUCCUGCGACUGUCUGUGUAAGAACAGAUGCUUUGGUGGUGACCGGGUCCCUGUGGAUGAAUAGCGUGGUAUCGUGAGGAGAGUUGGAGAGAGGAGAGAGGUGAAGGGAGACGGAGAGCGGGGUGGGGUGUGGGGUAUGGAGUUGGGACGGGAUGAGGUGCUGGAAUGCAAGGAAUCUAGAGAUGGUUAACUGCAGGAAUCAGAUACUAAUGAACUAAGAUAAAGAACUAAAGAAGGAAGAUGAUAUUGAAAUCUCCCUACCCCCUCCCUACACCUCCUUAUCUCUCCUCUCCUUUCACUUAUCAUCUCUUUAUCUCUUUUUCUCUUCUCGGACUAGAACACGAAGCUCUAUCUGACUGCUGUAUGCUGUGAGCUGUAUGUGGUGAAAAUGUAAAAUGUGCUGGUGUAGAAUAUGCGAAUAUUACACUUUGCCAACAUAUUUUACAUUUUAUGACGAGUAUUUAUUAUUUCAAGAAAAAUUUCGAUGUCGAAAGUUCGUUAUAUUAUAUAUUGAACAUUGUUCAAAAAGCUGUUUUGUUAUUUAGCUGCUCGGCUAAGACUGUGUGUAGAGUGAGGCUGGUGUAUGAAAUAUAAUAUAUUCUUUAUUUUCAUAUUUGAUAAUUUAUUUUAAAAUCCAAUUUUUAAAAGUAUAUGCCACGUAACUUAUUCCGCCUAAGCAUUAUACACGUUUUAAUGUAAAAUAUCUGAGUUUUAUAAAGUCUUUAAGCAGUAAAAUAUUCCCACAGACAAUAAAAAGGGACAAAAUAUUCUGAAAUAAAUUUGACCUCUUUUUCACCAUUUGUGAGGCUUUGUUCGAACACGUGCUAUCUCCUCACAAGUUUGAUUGGUAGCUACUGCAAGCUGAUGAUAGUCACGCGUCAAAACAAAGCAAUGCCGCCUCUGAUACACUUCAUUGGAGGACACUCAGUUGAAGGUCGCUGCUUUCCCUGAACGACCGUAGUCUAUGGUAACCAUGGUAACCAUGGUAACCUUGGUAGCCUUGGUAGCCUUGGUAACCGUGCAAGAGUGUUCUAGUAGUACAGUGUUGACUCUGUAUUACAGAGAAAGUACACUGUACAGCGUACCAGGCUGUACCUUCAAAACACUCUGGAUAGUACAGUCCUGUAAACUGAGUAUGUUGAAAAGUGACGUGACAGUCAACAGGAGAGUGAGCCACGUGACUAGAACAGUGAUCACGUGACUAGAACAUUACAUCACGUGGUACAAGCUCUAGAACACGUGACCUGGUGUACUACUGGACUAGUCUAUCACUGAUAAUUGGUUCGUGUCUUGUUGACGUUGUUGACAGCCUGUAUUCUACCUUCACUAUGGUUGCCAUGGCAACUGGUCGCGUUGUUAGGGUGUCAUAUUGUGUCACGCUCUAAACUGUCUGACUAGAAUGUUUUACAAACUUUCUCUAAUUGCAAUAAUUCUGUCGAGAACUACUAUCAAGCAAGUGAUCUGAUGGCCUAAAAUAUUAUAGUAACCGUGACUAUUUGGAAAAUGUUCUGUUCCUUAUUAUACCCACCAUUAUUUAUGUAAAUACAUAUUGAAAAAACA